UUGUGAGACGGAACAGGAGGCGCGCGCGGCUGCAGGGUGAUCGCGUGCAUAUCGAUUAUCAGUUGACUGUUCGGUUUGUUGGAAGGUGUUUUUUGAUAAGGCACAAUGGGGAAAGGCUGCAUUAAGGCGACCAAGUACUUCCUGUUCCUCUUCAACCUCAUCUUCUUCCUGUUUGGAGCUGUUAUCAUGGGCUUUGGACUUUGGCUGCUCCUGGACAAUCAAAGCUUCAUCGUUGUGCUCAAUAACUCCACGCCUGUCAAAGUGGCCUGCUACAUCCUGAUUGGAGUCGGAGCCUUCUCGAUGCUCAUGGGCUUCCUCGGCUGCUUGGGUGCUAUUUACGAGGUCCGCUGCCUGCUCGGCCUGUACUUCACCUGCCUCCUCCUCAUCCUCCUCGCUCAGAUUGCCGCCGGCGCCCUCAUCUACUUCCAGAAGGAGGUGUUAAAUGUGGAGAUGUCCAAAAUUGUCUCAAAGGUGCUAGACAAUUACCCCGGCAACAAUUCCACCACGGAGCAAGCCUGGGACUUCAUCCAGAAGAAUAUGGAGUGCUGUGGCUGGGACGGCCGUCAGGACUGGAGCGGUAAUAUGGUCAUCAUCAACAGCUCCCGGCUGCUGUUCCCCUGCACCUGUCAGAACGCCUCCCUCACCUCUGGAAACAUCUCUGACAGCGGCUUCUGUGAGGCUCUGACGCCUGACUGGCCCGUAUACGACGUGGGUUGUGCCGCCACCGUGGAGAGCUGGCUCCUCACGAACAUCGGGGUCGUGCUGGGAAUCUGCCUCGCAGUGGCGCUUAUUGAGCUGCUGGGGAUGAUUCUGUCCAUCUGCCUGUGCAGAAACAUCCGCAAUGAGGAUUACACCAAAGUGCCAAAGUACUGAUGAGUACUGAUGGACAAAACUGCAAAAACAAGGGAGUGAAAUAAGCGAGUUUUCACCUUUUGAAACGUUCUGUUUAAAUGUAAAUAAUGUUUUUGUUUUUUUUGCUUUUUAUUUGAGGCACUUCCAUCAGUUUGAGUCAGUCCAGUUUCUUUGAGCACUUUAGAGACGUUUUGUAGUUGAACUUUGAAUGGGAGCACGAAACCAACGUGUUAUAUGAAAUGUAAAAGGAUGAUGAGGAAGAUGGAUGAAAUAAUGUGUGUCAGCAGCUCCUUCUUAGGCUCAAAUGACUGUGUUGUCAAUUCUAUGUAAGUUAAAUCACUACAAUGUUUUGGUUUCCUAAAAAAAAAAAAAAUCAUGUUUGUCCGUAAAGAAAGGACCAUUUUUUAAAAGAUUUUUGGACACUUGGAAAAUCCAGUGUUUUUUAUUUUUUCUUCCUUUUAAAUAUGCCGGCAACUUGAUUUUUUUUUGUAAAAUGUUUUUAGUAUUUUGUAUAUAAUUUUACUUUUUAUUUGUGUGACUUUGAAUAAGAAAAAAACCUGCCAGUGUUUUCAUCAGAUGCUGGUCUCUCCCUGAAUUUUUACUGUUAUUUUUUUAGCUUCUUAAUUUUAAAAUUGUGAGAGUUUUGUUCUGGAAAACAUAGAAAUAAUGACACUUGUUGUUUUUCUUGUCUAAAAGUAUCACUAUCAGUUGAAAAUCAAAAAUAAGGCACCCCUCUCAAAGAUAAUAUAGCUUUAAUUUCAUGUACAAACAGCAAAUUAAAUGUUUCCUUUUAACCAGUUUUGAAACCAUUAUAAUGAGACCAGUUGUUUUUGGCGAUAAUAUUUCCUGGGUGAUACCAGAAAAGAGAUUUGAGAUAGAUUUUUCAGCUGAGACGUUGUGUUGUUUCUUUGUGUACAGUCUGUAUGAAAAACAUUCCAUUAACGUUAUAAUAUUUUCUUAGGUAGGAAGUUACGUCUGCGUGUAACUCGUGUAGCUGGAUAUAGUUUGUGUGAGCUCACAACAUUCAUUCUGUUUCAUUUUGACAAUAAACUGAUUACAAAGGCG